UUGACUUUUUUUGUUUGUUUAAAGAAGCUGUUAAUGAAACGAGAUCGAUAAAACUAUUUAGUUGACUUACAUUGAUUCUUUAUCGAAAGAACAUGAUAGUCCUCUUUUUAGCUAUAAAGAAUCAACUUCGAAUCAGUUACUUAGACAAAGUGGAAAUUUAAGUUUGGUGUUGGAUUAAAUCAAAGAUUAAAAGUAAUCAUUGGUGGGUCCGCUAAUCCACUUUGGGUGUCUUGUGCUAAUUUGUAAUGUAACUCAGCGAUAAACCCCUCACACGAAAUGGCACCAAAACCUUUCCACUUUCCCGCCAAACGAACAACCGCCAUUUUCCUUCUAACCGCCGCCACCGCCGCCAUAGCUACUGCCAACUCUGACGACCUCUCCUCCCAAAUCCAUGGCAUCGUCCGCACCGCUCGCGCCGUCUCCACUGUUACUUCCACUGUCGUAGAUUACGAAUUCUCGCUCCGCGGCCUUCAAAAACACUCCGAUCAGUAUCGUCAUACGAUUUCCCAGGUUCAUCAACGUUCCGCGAAGAGGUUUCUGAAGCUAUGUGAAGCUAACAAAGGGUUUUAUGUGAAAGCUGGACAAUUCAUUGCUUCGCAAAAAGUGAUUCCGAGAGAGUACUCUUCAACUUUAUCAGUGUUACAAGAUCAGGUUUCUCCUCUUCCUUUUGAAGUCAUUGAGAAAGUGUUGAAAGAAAAUCUCGGACCGGAUUUCUCUGAGAAAUUUUUGUCCAUUGAUGAACGACCUAUUGGUGCUGCAUCUAUUGCUCAAGUUCACCAUGCAGUACUAAAAAGUGGUCAAGAAGUAGCAAUCAAGGUGCAAUAUCCUUGGAUAGAGAAGCAGAUGCAUUUCGAUACAAGAACAAUGUAUUUCCUAUCAAAAACUAUUGGAUGGCUAUACCCUCAAUACAGGUUUGGGUGGCUACCAUUAGCAUUUGCCAAAACUGUGUCUUCAGAACUUGAUUUUGUUCAGGAGGCAAGGAAUUCUGAGAGAGCAGCCAAAAAUUUCAGAAACAACAAAAUGGUCAGAAUUCCUCAUGUAUUCUGGGAGUUGACAACAAAGCAAGUCCUAACCAUGCAAUUUUAUGCAGGACACAAGGUAGCAAAAUCACUGUUUGAGCUGUUUGCCGAAAUGAUAUUUGUGCAUGGUUACAUGCAUGGUGAUCCACAUCCUGGUAAUAUACUGGUUUCUCCUGAAGGUCGCAAUGGUUUCUCUUUGGUUCUUCUAGAUCAUGCAGUCUACAGGGAAUUAGAUGAAGAAUUUAGAAAAGACUUUUGUCAGCUAUGGGAAGCUUUGGUUCUAAAGGACUCAAAGAAAACAAUGUGGUUUGGCGAGCGAUUUGGUGCUGGGAAGUAUUCUCGAUACUUGCCCAUUAUUUUCACUGGAACAACUAUUGAAAGCAAAUAUUCUUCUGGAAUGUCACUCAAGGAAAAAGAGAGUAUGAAACAUGAAUUGAAAUCUCUGUUGUUUGAGGACUUAUCUUCAUUCAUGGAGUCUAUGCCACCAGAUUUUAUUGCUAUAUUACGCGUAGAUGCACUGCUAAGGUCUACCAUUAGAAAGAUGGAUGUCUCACGGCUCAUCAGAUUGUUAACUUACACCAAAUAUGCAGUAUAUGGCCGUCUCUGUCCAAAAUUGGAUGGUGAAUUGUGUAAAAUGCCCGGAACAAACGUUUAUUUUGCUGUGAAAGCUGUUUUCUUAAGUUCCAUAUCAACGCUAAAAUAUAUUCGCAUCCUAAUCAAGGUCCUUUUUGGGGCCAUAUUUGACAGUACCCCUUGGCAGCAGAAAGUGAAGAAUGUACAAAAUUACUUGUAUCGCAAGAUUGGUAGUAGUGACUUCUGGGGCAUUCUGGUCCAUUCCGCCUUUCUUCUUUUUUGUAUUCAUCCUAAUGCUUUGUUUUGAACAUUGAAUUCUAUGACUAAAGUGAGUGCUUGUUUGAAUGUAUACGAGCUCCGUCCCGAUGCAGCUUGCAAUCUACAAAUAGCCAAAGAAAAAAGGGAUCCAUCUUCGUGCCUCCUUCUAAAAGCGAGUGGUGUAUUGCCUUUCCAAUUACAUGUUUCUGUCAAAUGCCACAAACUGUGUACAAUAACAAAUUAUAGAAUCAAAGUCUCAAACUGAAUGAUAAAAUUACUACAUAAGGUUUAGUGCCAAAGUCACACCGAA